CUAUACUAUCAUCACUAAUUCAUAAAUGCCCCUCUACGCCUUUGGAUCCAACGGAUGCGGCCAACUCGGCCUAGGCCACGACGAGGACGUGUCCACCCCGCAGCCAUGUCUUUUCGAGCCGUCCACAGAGGUAGACGUGGGAGAUAUCGUUUCCAUCGCCGCGGGGGGGAACCAUACCCUCCUCCUCUGUGACGAUGGGAAAGUCUACGCGAGUGGAUGUAAUAUUGAUGGACGGUGUGGGGUAUCUCCUGGACCAAAUCUGAAUAAAUUCGUACAAAUCGUCAUUCCGACAAAGACACAAGGCAUACUUGAUCGGUUCAAGUAUAUUUCCGCAACGUGGGAGGGAAGUAUUCUCGUUUCGGAGGGGGAGGAAUCUCAAGUUUUCGCAAUGGGAUCCGGAUCGAAAGGCGAACUAGGUCUCGGAUCAAGCAUGCAGGUAUCGUCACCCACGUUGAUACCGCUUUUCCCCCCGCGCGGGACGAGGAUCGUCCACCUCUCCAGCGGGAUGGGACAUAGCGUUGCGGUCCUCUCGAAUGGGGAGGUGUACGGAUGGGGUGCAGCGCGGAAGGGCCAGCUUGGUGAGAGGCUACGACGGGAGAAGACCGUCUGGUCGCCGAGUAAGAUUGAGGAUGUUGAGGAUAUUGGGGUUAUCGGGGGGGAGGCUACGUGCGGGCGCGAGUUUACGGUCAUAGCGAGGAAGUUAAGUUUGGAUUCAACGAUGGAUUUCUGCAUUCUAGGCUCCGCGGAUAAUAGGUGGAAUAUCCUUGAUGCACCCAAGGAAAUCAUCUCUGGUUACCGGUCGAUAGCGGCUAGCUGGCAUGGUGUCUAUGUCCACCUACAGAACCGGACGCUGGUCGCCUGGGGCCGCAAUGAUCGCGGCCAGCUGCCGCCGCGGGAUUUGCCGCCGCCAGAGCAGGUCGCCGUGGGGAGCGAACAUGCGCUCGCCCUGCUUGGGGAUGGAACCGUCGUUGCCUUCGGGUGGGGGGAGCAUGGGAAUUGCGGGCCCGAGACGGACGCGCGUGGGAACGUCGCGGGGAGAUAUAUCCGGAUCCCUAUUGACCUGGAGAACGGCUCGGUUGUGUCGGGCGUCGGGGCAGGGUGUGCGACCAGCUGGAUUAUCGCGAAGAGGAGGGGGGGGGGGACAACGAACACCGACGAAAUUCUAGUCAAACAGGCCUAGGCCGCGAACCUGUGACAUGCGCUGAGUGGGCGGUAUGCCCAUACCCUCCUGGCUCGGUUCUGUUUGGUUCUGGUGCGAAGCUGAUGCUGGCUCUGUGUCCCGCAGACCUCGACCCA